AUGCGUCACGCCGCCCCGGGCCCCUCCCGCCGCCGCCGCCGGAACGCGACGGCCGCGGCCACCCGGGACCCCCGGGAGGGUGGCAGCGGGGCGCGGCGGCCCUGCGCGGGUUCCGGGGCGCGCCCUCCGGGGGUCGCCCAACCGCGGGGGGCCGCCUGGCGCCCCCCGCCCCUCCGCCCUGGGAUUGGGAAGGAGAGGGGGAGGUGCGACCCCGCCCCCGGCCCGCCCCCUCCGGGCUGGAGGCUGCGCUGGGAGGAGAGGGAGGCAGGGAGGGGGCGACCGAGCGCCUCCCCCGCCCCAAACGCGGCCGCGGCCCGCCCCCUACUGGAGGAGGCCGAGGCUCUGCUGCCCCGAGAAGGGCGCUCCCCGGCCAGACCCCGGGACCCCGGCCCGGCCCCAGCUCCGCCCCUAACGGCCCCCGUCCAGCACCCAGCUCCUGGAAGGAGCGGUUCCCCCCAGGAGACCCCAAAGCCGCCUCAGUGUGAGGACCCUGCCGGGCGGGGACGCAAGGCAGGGGGAGCCCUCCCGACCCCGCCCACCGCACCUGCGAGCGCUUGGCCCGCCCGGUCCUCUCCCGCCCACUCCGCCUGGCCUGGCCGGCCUCGGCGGCUGCGGCGGCGGCGGCGGCGGCGGCGGCGGCGGCGGAGAAAGCAGCCCAGCUCUGCCGCGCUGGUGACUGUGCCGAACCCCUGCGCAUCUCUGAACCUUGCUGCUGUCUCUAGCCGUGUUGUCCCCCCACAGGCUCCCGAGCGCCAGGCGUGUGCAUUGAGGCUGGUGGAGUCUAAAGCUAAUUGGAGGAUCUGCUGUGUGUCCUCAGCCAAUCUUCUACCCUCUCUGAACCACUUGUGAGUGUGAGUGUGUGUGUGUGCGCGUGCGUGUGUGUGCGCGUGUGUGUGCGUGCACGCGUGCGCCAAGGAAUGAAUCCAGGGUCUUCAUGCUGAGCUACAGUUCUCACUGAGUUGCCCAGACUGGGCUUACACUUGCAGUCCUCAUGCCUUGGCCUCCCAGAGUGCUGGGAUUACAGGUGCACACCAUGCCUGCCUUCCAUGUUAGCUCGGUGUGUAUUCGCUCAGUUAAUCCUUCUGGUAAUUUAUAGGCAGUAGGUGCUGUUAUUAUUCCACUGCACAGAUGAGGAAACGGAGGCCCAUCAGAGAUCUGCUCAUGGUCACAUUAAAGGGAUAGAAAGGAAUAAGGCCUUCCUGCCUGGCCUUCCCCUUGGGGUUUGUGAUAAAUUGCAACAGGUCUGGCACCAUCUCACUUUCUAGAUGAAAACUGAGGCCCAGAGGAGGUGGCUCAGGGCCCCACAGCGAGUCAGGCGACACCUGGGUCCCCAAGCACCAGAUUCAGCCCCAUCUGGAGCCGGAAGCACUUGCUUUCCCCGAGCUGGCCCUGCUGGGCUCCCGCUUGGCCCGAAGGCCUGGUGCCAGCCAGGUGUCCUUUGGGGAAGCUCCUUGCUCAGCAGGCCCGGCCCACCAGACCUGCUUGGCUCCAGGAAGGGAGCAGCUGCCUGUCCUCGUGGGUGCUGGGACGGUCUCAGUGGCCAACUCCAGCCCUCAGAUUUGAUCCCAGUUUGAUCCCACGGUGGUUUGCUUGUUUUUCUAGGUUUUUUUUUUUUAAGUGACUAUUGCUAAAAUUUACAAACCAGGAAGCUUCACUUCAAAAUUCAAAUUUCCAGCUUCUCUUUAAAACCAAAACUACUGAGCCGGGAGCAGUGGCACACACCUAUAAUCCCAGCACUCUGGAGGCUGAGGCAGGUAGAUCGCUGGCAGGUCAAGGCCAGCCUCGGGUCCAUAGUGAGUUCAAAGCCAGCCUGAACUACAGAGUAAGACCCUGGAGCAAAUAAAUAAAACCAAAGCCGUGGGCUGAGCCCAUGUGGCCACAUGGCAGUGGCAGGAGCCAGGCAGGGGCUGCAGAGGGGACAGGCAUUUUCCAAACUCUCUCCAGGUUCCUUCUCCCCACAGCAGCUUGUCCUCAGCCCCACCUGCAGGAGGGGGAAACUGAGGCGGCUUGCCCCCCUGGGAGACCUUCGGCUGCCUCUGUGACAGAGAUGAUGGGAGGAUUUGAGAGGAACACAGAAGGCCAGCCAUGGGCAGGGGCGCUGAAAGGCCACCGACAAUCCCAGCCUGGGGGCUGCUCCUGCUGUGCCCCCCACCCCGUGUCACCAGCUGUCCCUGAUCUCCAGAACGGGGUGCUAAUACCCCCUCGGGGUUCUGGGCCUGCAGGGCCUCUCUGCUGUGUCUUGGGGCCCCACCGGCCCUGCAAGGGCUUGGCUGUGGCCAGAGAAACUUCACACGACAGGCAGACAGGGAAACUGAGGCCUUCACAGGCCAGGACUCCCCCAAGCUCACAGGGAAUUGGUGAAAAGGCCAGUCUCAAAAGCCCGAUCCCUGAUUCCAAAGGCUGAGAUGUUCCCCACCGCGCCUCCUCUCUAAGGCCUCCUGUUCCCCACCUGCCCCUGCCGCUGAAGGCGGAUCAGAUGCCAGAAGGCGUCCUCAGGCCGCAGGCCAGGCCGUGAAACGUGCCUGUGUGUUUGCUGCCCCCGCGUGGCAGGAUGUGGGACUGCAGGAGUGAUUUAAAUAAACCUUUUGGCUGAGGACUGACUGGGUGCCUUGCCCCGGACUCGGGAAGCCAGCACAGUGGAUGACAGACAGCUGCUCAUCGGGUCCGAGCAGCGCUGAGCGGAGCAGAGAUGUCCGAGGAGGCAAAAGAUGCCCGACCUUCACAUAUUCAUUCAAACACCAAAUAAUUUUUUGGCUGGGGCUCAGACGCCAGAGACACGUGCAUGAACAAGCGGAGUGAUCCUUGUUCUUGUGGAGCUGAAAUUCUCCUGGGAAAGACCAAAAAUAAACGAGAUAAGUGAAUGAGA